AUGAAGGAAUCCACUACAAAUCGAACGUGUACCGGAAAGACUCCCCAAGGAUUCUCUUCAGGAAGUUCUUUCAGCAGUAGCAGAGCGACCAGUAAGAAAGUUGGGCUUCGUGCCCUUGACAAAUGGCAAGAACUGGAAGGCAGGGACAACGUUUACACUGUUGAUAUGGACACAUCACAUACAGGAGAAAUCUAUUUUACCAAAAAACUGACAUGGGAACCCAGUGAGGCCAACAAGUUAAAAUGCAAAGUAUUUGGGCAAUCUGAGGAUUUAUGUCAUAACUUCAUUAAGGUUCUGAUAAGAAAAAAUGAUGAUACAUUGUUCAUUUGUGGGACAGAUGCCUUUGAUCCUUCUUGUAGGAACUUUAAGGUGAAUACUCUUGAAAUGACGGGAGAAAGGAUCAGUGGGAAGGGCAGGUGCCCUUUUGAUCCCAAGGACAGCAACGUUGCAUUGUAUGCAGGUGGGUAUCUAUAUUCUGGCACAGCGUCAGACAUCCACUCAUCAGAUUCACUCAUUUACCGGAGUCUUGGACCUUCUCCAUCUCUUCGAACAGCUAAACAGGAUUCAAAAUGGUUGAAAGAUUCUAAAUUCAUCCAUGUGGUCGAUUAUGGCGAUUACAUGUACUUCUUCUUUCGAGAAGUAGCAGUUGAAGUCCAUAUCGAAGGGGAGCUCGUUGUAUCAAGAGUAGCUCGGGUUUGCAAGAAUGACAUGGGUGGAACAAUGGCAUUUCUAGACAAGCAUUGGACUUCCUUCCUAAAGGCACAACUGAAAUGCUUAAUUCCUUCUGCUUUAAAUUUCCAUUUUGACCUACUGCAGGGAGUGACAGACGUUGUCCAAAUCCAGGGGCGUGACGUGGUCUUUGCAACCUUUACCACCUCUGAAUUCAGCAUCCCUGGCUCUGCUGUUUGUGCUUAUGAUAUGCUCGAGAUUGACAAAGUCUUUUCCGGGAGGUUCAAACGUCAGCUAUCCUAUCACUCAAAAUGGACUCCAGUUCCUGAAAGCGAAGUGCCAACACCCAGGCCUGGUUCCUGUGCUGGCACUGAACCCUUUGCACAGUAUGCAUCCUCUAAGGAUUUACCAGAUAACAUCCUUGAGUUUAUGGCAAAGCAUCAUCUCAUGGAUGGAGGCAUAUUAUCAACAGGGUCUCACCCAUGGUUUCUGAGGACAACGGUCAAGUGCGGGUAUGAAGGUACGCAUGACAAAAGAAUUGUGAGCCUGCGAUUGGACAAGCCAUCUGGAGCUCUUUAUGUAGCAUUCAGAUACUGUUUAAUAAAGGUGCCACUGGAGAAAUGA